AUGAACCGCAGAAGAGAGAUGGGGCGACGAUCGAACCUUCUGCUCGGCGGCGCGCUGGCCCUUUUCCUGGGUACCACGUCCGGUCAGGAUUCGUGCGUGCAGGUGUCGAAUGUCGCGUUCGCGCCCUCCUGCCCCUGCGGCGCAGGUAGCGAGCUCACCUUCCAGAUCGAGGGCGAAACGUCCGUAGAGGCAAACAAGGUCAACGUGGCCGUCAUCAUCGACUCCUCGGGGAGCAUAUUUGACAUAGACGGCGCCUUCUUGCUUGAGAAGGAAUUCGCCAAGAACGUGGCGGCGUCGUUCGCUGCGAAGAACCUAUUCACCAACGGGGGCACGGCUUCUUACGCUUCGUUCUCAGAUGCCGCUUCAGACGGUGGCACCUUCGGCUCCGAAGCCGAGUUCAACGAAUUCGUGGACAACGCCUCGUGGAUAGAGGGAGACACCAACAUCGAGGCGGGCCUCAGCAAGGGGCGGGAGCUCCUUGCUAACGGGACCUCCACCAGGACGUCCUUCUUGAUCCUUAUCACCGACGGCGACUGGAACCGGGGCGGAGACCCACAGAUCGAAGCCGACGCCGCCAGAGACGAGGGAACCAUUGUGUACGCCGUCGGAGUUGGUCCUGACGUAUCGGAGGCAACGCUCCUGAGCAUCGGGGGGGAUCUGACGAACGUGUUUGAUGCCUCCAAUUUCACGGAGUUGGACAACACCCUGGACGAAAUUGUCUCCACCUCGGUCGACAGCAUCCCUUGUGCCGCAACCGACGCCGUCAUCAGUGUAGAAUUCAACGCCAUGGUUACCGCCGCCAGCGGUGGUGAGGGCGGAUCGGUCCCCGCUAGCGUCUCGGAGGGGGGAAACGUCGUCGUUUUCGAGGUCCCCAAUCUCGAAGCCACCCCCACUUCCUUCGAGGUUGUGCUCGACACCUGCGGCGAGACCGAGGGCGGCGCCAUCGUCGCAGACGUAUCAUACGUCGACGAGGAGGACAACGAGCCCGACCUGACCUCUAUCGAGGUGGCGGGAGUCGUGCCGACCUGUGAUGGAGCCGCCACUCCGCCCCCUGUCGCCGUGACGCCUUCACCCACGCACCCAACGAGCGAGAUGCCGACGCUGGGAGCCGCCACUCCGCCCCCUGCCGCCGUGACGCCUUCACCCACGCACCCAACGAGCGAGAUGCCGACGCUGGGAUCCUUCUUGACGGAGGGGCGUGCUCUGCUACGGGGACGGCCCCUUGCUACUUCGACGACUGCGCUGUUCCGGGACCGACCCCGAACACGAUUUCAACCCCCGCCCCCAACGAUGAAUUCAACGACGAGGACGGUAAGAGACCCGUUUCACUUUUCACUGCCAUUGAUCCCCGCUACAAGCGCACAUAACACCAUCCUAUCGUUGCAUGGGUCUUUCUGGAGAGCCGGAGGAUCCCCCAGUCUCUGCUCACGCCAGAUCGUAUUCACUGCGUACCGGACGUCUCAAUCGCACGGAUCGUGCAUGCUUGUGUUUUGCUCCGUACCUUGUUUGAUCCGUAUUUUGAAAACCGGCGUUGUUAUCGACAGAUUCUACGCCAACCCCGUUCACACCAGCCCCGGAACGGGUGACCCCAGCCCCGGCCACACCGGCCCCGGCACGGGUGACCCUAGCCCCAUCCACACCGACCCCAGCACCGGAGACCCCAGAUUCUACGCCAGGCCCAAUCACACCAGCCCCGGAACGGGUGACCUCAGCCCCGGCCACACCGGCCCCGGCACGGGUGACCCCAGCCCCAUCCACACCGACCCCAGCACCGGUGACCCCAGACGACACUGUUCCGGGACCGGCCCGUCUAUGAAUUCAGCCCCCACACCCGAAGACGAGUUUUCUUUCUCCUUCGACUUCUCCUUCUCUUAUUCGUACGACGAGGAACCGUGGUACGACAACGGUGAAGACGAGCCCACGCCAGCCCCGUUCACAUCAGCCCCGACACGGGUGAUCCCAGCCCCAUCCACGCCGGCCCCGGCACCGGUGACCCCAGGCACGCCUGUGUCGGUGACCGAGUCUUUCACGGUGAAAGUCCCUGAGCUCACCGAAACCAGCGUGGACUUUGGCCUUCUCGUCGACGUGUCGUCUAGUUACGCCGGCGACAUCGCCAACCUGAAGCUCUUGGCGGGCGACCUGGUACAAGACUUGGCUGCCAGCACGGCCAACCUCGCUCUGGCUCUCGGAAGCUUCUCAGACAUUGAGGAAAGGACAGGAAUCGAUGGUUCAGAAUACACUAUGUUGAAGGACUUCGGGAGCUGCAGCGACGAGGUUUGCUUCGAGCAGGAGCAAGACGACUUCGUUCUCGAAGUCGACACGCUUGAAGCAAACAUGAGUGGGAUGGACUGGACAUACUCAGAAGCCCAGACGAUUGGGUUGUAUAGGGCUGCCACAGAGUGGGCGUGGAGGGACGGUGUGCUCAAGGUCUUAGCCAUCACCACGGAUAAUAGCUUCCACGUGCCUGGCGACGGCUAUUCGUACGAUGACGAGUAUUACAAUCUGGAUGAAGUCAUCACAGCUUGCAACGAGAACGGCAUCAAGAUCCUCGCCCUCAAGGCUGUUGGUGCCGGCGAUGAGAUGGACUACAUUGCCGAAGGAACGGGCGGCGUGGUGGAAACCACACAGGCCGAUUCCGAGGACAUUGUGGGCGCCAUUCUCCAGGGAUUCGCGGGCGUUCAGUACUCGAAGGUCUGGGUCGAGUGGGUCUGUGAGGACAGCUCGUGGUCCGUUACCGUGGACCCCAGCAGUGGUUACGAGAACGUCGACGGUGGUGCGAUGCUGGACUUCACCGUCACGGUUUCCGUGCCCGCGGGUGCCACGGUCGGCACCUCGUGCGCCGCCAACGUGCUGGCUGACGAGGUGCUUGUCGGGAGCCAGACGUUCACCACCAUGACCGAUGGCUCUGUCACGGUCGAGUCCGUCAUGCCCUGAAAUGAAAGCAGAAGACUCCUCCCUGCCGACCUGCACGUGAACAAGGACUCCACGUGACUUAGAAUAUAGCGUCGCCGCCUUUACGAUUUUAUACCUCACAAUGUGCCCCAAUUUCAACGCUGGUGUGCGCUUUGCCUACACAGGACCUGUUGCCUAAAACCGUUGGCAUUAGUCUAGUUUCCUGUAGAGAUGGUGGUCGCCAUUCGUCAACGUGUGUGCUCCUUCAAGCUUUUCAGUAGCUCUUUCAAGCGUAUCCCAGGUGUUCUAGCUGCGCGAGCUGUUCUUUGGGUUGAAGGCGACGAAGCCAAACAUCCACAACCUCUUCAACGAAAUCAAGCAGGUUCUGGGGAAGCUAUGUACCAAAGUAUGUUCGGAACGAGAGGUUUGCUGUGAACAUUGACUGAGCAUCAAUAUCAUUCAUUGUAGUAGCUUAUCUGUACUUUCAGAACUAGAUUCUCCGCCGUCAGCUUUGAUUGCGUGGCGAAUUAUUAUUGGGACGAGAUGAUGGAGUUGAGCAUUAACUUCGGUGGAGCCUUUUUGAGCUUCCAUAGUGGGUUCUUCGCACAGUCAACUUCGAUUGCGACAUGCAAUUGUAUUUUUCGAACGAGACAUUCGCUUUGAAAAUCUAACCCAAGCAUCGAUUUUCAUUCCGU